AUGUUGAAGUGCAUUCCUUUGUUUCGAGCCUGCAACAGGCAGGUGGGUGGGGUAAGGGCGAACUGGGACUACCACGCCCAGACGAUGUUUCGCUUGCCCGCAUCUAAAACUUUUACGGGACGCAAACCCACAUUUUCCUACACACACUCACAGACUGAAAACACAAAGGACAUGUUGUUAGUUACACUUACACUCUUACAAAAAAAAACUGCUGUCAGUAGUUAUUGUUUGGUACUUGAAAUGUUUGUCAGUAAGAUUUAUGAAAUCCCAGACAAGAUCAAGCUAUGCAAGAAUCUGCAGGUGUUGGAUUUCAGCAGUAAUCCGCUGACUAAAGGUCUGCCCGAUGGAUUACUGCAGCUGCGUAACCUGACACAGUUAGGCCUCAAUGACGUGGCUCUACAGAGACUGCCCUAUGAUAUCGCAAGUCUGACUAGCCUGGUGUCCCUGGAGCUUCGAGACAACAUGCUCAAGAUUAUCCCACAGUCCAUCUCCUUCCUCAUCAAGCUGAAGAUUCUAGACCUGGGCAGCAACGACCUGGAGACUUUGCCUCCAUCCAUCGGGUCCUUGCCUGCCCUAGAGGAGCUGUGGCUGGACUGUAACUAUAUCUCUGAGCUGCCACCGGAGAUAGGAAACCUGAAAAAGCUGUCCAUUUUGGAUGUCUCUGAGAACCAGCUGGACAGACUGCCAGAGGAGAUUGGAGGACUGCAGAGCUUAACUGAUUUAUGUCUCUCACAGAACGGGCUGGAGUAUUUACCAGAAGGCAUAGGCAAUCUCAAGAAGCUGGCUAUUCUCAAAGUGGACAUGAACCGACUGUUGGCCUUGACCCCACAGAUUGGCAACUGUGAAAAUAUGCAAGAACUGAUCCUCACAGAGAACUUGCUGUCGGAUCUUCCCGUCUCUAUAGGAAAGCUGAAGAACCUGCACAACCUGAAUGUGGACAGGAAUAGGCUGACUGAGAUCCCUGUGGAGAUUGGCAAAUGUAGCAAGUUGGGUGUCCUAUCACUUCGGGACAACAAGCUGCUGCGUCUGCCUCAGGAACUGGGCAACCUCAGCAAGCUACAGGUCCUGGAUGUCUCUGGCAACAGACUGGAGUACCUGCCCAUCACCGUGGCCAACCUCAACCUGAAGGCACUGUGGCUGUCGGAGAACCAGGCUCAGCCCAUGCUCAAGUUCCAGACAGACUUUGACGAGAGGACCGGCCAGAGGGUUCUCACCUGCUUCCUGCUGCCUCAGCAGGGAUUCCAUACAGAGAGCAUGGAAAAUCUACUUAAAGGUAGCAUAGCCACAGAAGGCAGUCUCACAGAGAAGGGAGACAAGGUGAGGGACAGCGUUCGCUUUGAUGAGAUUGAGAAAGGAGACACUGGAGGCGAUUCUGAUGAUUCUAAUCCAUUUGUCCGCCAUGACACACCUCACCCGAAGGAUCUCAAGGCCAGACAUACCAAGUUCCUCAAGGACAAGAACAUUGAUGGACAUGUGAUCCCUCAUCACGAGAACAAAGCUGAGAGUGGGACAUUUGUGCCGUCACGAGACCAAGAUUCUCACUACUCCGAUGACGAGGAAGGUCCAGGGCCCUACUAUCGAGAUCUACAUAAAGAACCUCCACCUGCCACUCAUCUCAACUCAACCUACACAAAAUCAUUUGACAACAAACAGCCGUCGCCAAAGCCUCGACCUCCAGAAAUUAUCAUAGCUCCAGAAUUAGAGGGAGCCCCUCCACCAGAAGUACCCUCAGAAUCCUCCUCCUCAGAAGAUGAACUGCCAUACGAGUCACAGCCGCUGAUCACCAACAAGACACCCACACCCAUGGUUCAUAUAGCCAACGAAGUCGAUGAGAUUGAUGACUCCAGAGAUGUGGACACAGACCAGGAGAAUUCAGGCUCUGAGAGGCUUCAUAGAAGCUCAGACAAGGAUUCUGACAAUGAAAGUGUUCUCAGAGACCGCAAGGUCGGCUUCGCCCCAGACUCGGAGAAGCUCAGCGAGGACCACAAGCUGAGGCGCAGGGACACCCCUCACUACCUCAAGAACAAACGAGUCAAUAAGGAGGAGGAUGCUGAACAGAAGGUUCUGGAAAUUCUGGCUCAGGCGGCUAAAAACCGAGACAAUGCUGCUAUGUCACCCGUGGUGAAGCCGCCAGAGCUGGAGGUCAUGUCGGUGCAGGCUCCAGCGACCCAGCAGAUGCCGGUCAAGGUCCAGGAAGAAGAACUGACCACUUACAUCCACAGGGAACCUGGACAAGGGUUAGGCAUCAGCAUUGCUGGAGGCAAGGGUUCUACACCAUUCAGGGGUGAUGAUGAGGGCAUCUUCAUCUCUCGUGUGUCGGAGGAUGGUCCCGCAGCCAAGGCAGGGAUCCUCAAGGGAGACAAACUGUUGAAGGUCAACGAGGAAAGCCUGGUCAGUGCUGACCACUACAAGGCCGUGGAGGUACUCAGAGUUAUGUGUAUAGACCUGUUUUCCCCCUCAGGUCUCUGUUGUGCACAUUAUUGUAUAGAGUUGUUGUUUGUGUGUUUGCAGGCAACAGAAGCAGAGGAAUCUACCCAUACAAAUAUGACGACAGUCUCCUUCACUGCUGAACCUGAGACGGAAGUUUAUGGUGAGACGGUGACAACCACUUUAAUCCGCGACCAUACUGGACUGGGCUUCAGCAUCGCAGGGGGUCGAGGGUCGGUGCCGUUCAAAGGAAAUGAUAAUAUCUCCUGCACAUCUAUAAUCUGUCAGCUGUAUGCGAUCUACAUCUCCAAGAUCACACCAGGAGGAACGGCUGACAAGGACGGCAAGCUGCAGGUCGGGGAUCGCAUUGUUUCUGUGAGUAUCUCAUCUCAGCUCUCAUUACCUACUUCAACCCACUUUCCCUUUGGGCUGGACAGGACAAUUAAACUGGUUGUUUAUAGAGAAAAAGUGGUUCCUAAAGAUGGCAAGGCAGAACCCCCAGCCGCAAACAGCCAUCGAAUACCCACGAUUACCCAGCCGGUCAUUAACUGGCAGCAAAGCAGCACCUCACCUGCCCGGACACCUAGUCCAGUGGGAGCUCAGCCUCCGCCUAGGUUGUCUCCCCAUGCUGGCAGUGCAGUAUCAUAUCAUACUCAGCCAUCCACGCCCCUCACACUCUCUAGUCCUGUACAAGUGUCUGUCAGGACUAGCACUUCAGCCAGCGGGCCCAGCCCCACCUCUCCACACAGCUACAGCCCAGACAGGACUUCAUCUGGCAUCGAGACAAGCCCCACGGUUCAGGCGGUGGCUCCGGCAAGUCCAUUCUCGUCUGCUGUCCCCACUUCGUACUCCUAUCUUGUGCAGCCGGCUGCCCCUACAGUAACACUGCCAGGCCAGGCAUCUCCAUCUCCCAUCUCUCCUAAAUUCGGAGCUAGGACUCUUUCUUCAGAAUGGGCCACCCAGCCCACUUCUGUGCAACCACCGAAGUUUGUUUACCCAGGUUAUAGCAAAACAUCCUCGUCACUAUCAUCGACACCAUCCACCACCACUACCAUGGCAUCGAUAUCCACAUCACCAUCUUUAUCGGCCCCAGCAUCAGAACCAGCACAGUCCCUCAGUACGAGGACUUCCACCUCAUUGUCCCCCUCACAGACUGUCGUUUCUCCAGUGGUGCUACAAGGAACUAGAACGACACCCAGCUCAAAUGUAUCCUCUGUCACAGCUGGACCCUCUUCAAGUCCGCCUGAUGCAGCAGCAACUCUCAAGAGGUUUCCACCCCACUCCGUGCCCCUGGAGACCCCAGAUGAGAGUCCAGACUCUAAUCAACAGGAGUUGAGGGAUGGAAGCCUCUCACCGCAGCCUUACCCUGUAGAGGACGUAGUCAUUGUGAAAGCUGGAGGUCCUCUGGGACUCAGUAUAGUGGGUGGAGUGGACCACUCGAGCCAGCCUUUUGGUGGGGACCAGCCAGGAGUCUUUGUGUCCAAGAUUGUUAAAGAUGGUGCAGCAUCAAAAACAAAUCUUAGAAUAGGGGACAGAAUUCUGUCUGUCAACAACAAAGAUCUCCGGCACGCCACACAUCAGGAAGCUGUCAUGGCACUGAUUACUCCAACAUACGAGAUCCACCUCAAGGUCCGGCACGACCCUCCACCUCCGGGACUACAGGAGUUAGUCAUUGUCAAAGAUGCAGGUGAAAAACUGGGUCUGUCAAUCAAGGGUGGAGCUAAAAAUCUGACAGCUCCAGACAAGAGUGAUGAGGGUAUCUUUAUAUCCAGGAUCAACGAAGGCGGGGCUGCUGCUAGAGAUGGACGACUCAAGGCUGGCCAGAGAAUAUUGGAGGUGAAUGGCCAGUCCUUGCUGGGCAGCAGUCAUCAAGAGGCAGUUCGAGCCCUGCGCAGUGUGGGCGACAAGAUGACCAUCCUAGUGUGUGAUCAGCCCCCAGAGAAACCUGAGGGCAACUCUCCCGGAGAGCUGUCAUCUCCCAGUAGCCAGGGCGGCUUCCUCUCCUCGCUUCACGGGUCAGUGUCCAGCAUCGACAAGGUGGACGAGGAGACUCGUUUCAUACAGCAGGAGCAGGCCAUUGUUAAGGAGACCCAGGAGUGGGAGAGAGAAGAUCAGGUACUCAUCAACUUUAUUACAAACUUAUUGACAAUUAUGAUACAACAGGCCAAUCAUUGUGGAAAUGAAACAGCUGUGGAAAAAAGUAGCUAUCAUAGGAUAGCUAGGAACUAUCAGACAAGAUUGAAACUUCUAUACCACAGG